AUGCCCCAAGGACGUCAAACCGACACUUCUGUGGUACGCUACCAUUACACGGCUUUUGUCAAAGAUGGUCCGUCUUACCGACGCAUGGAACGAGAUUUUGAUCUACCUCGCCCAAGUCAUAAACGAAGAGAAAAGACUCAAGUUAAAGCCACUAUUGCUCACAUAUUAGAAGCAGAGGGGAUUCGCAAAAUUAAGGGUGCCAAAGUGGAGAUACCGGUAUCAGCGACGCGCUCUAGACCACGACCAGAUAUUGGCAAACACGUUGAUACCGAGUACUUGACAUUUUCUCGCAGAUUCCCUCACCAAGACCUACAUGAAUAUAUCGUAACGACAAUUGACAGCAUCACCUAUCGUGUUCAUUUGCCACCCAAAGCCACUCGUAAAGCCAUUUUGGAUCAAGUCAAUGCCUCUUUUCAAGUCACCGUUUCACGUGCUUCAAACACCACUCAUACGCACGACAACACUCUACGCAUCGCCUUUGAAACCGAGAAACUGGCCAAACAGGCUUACCAAGCCCUUCAAGGAGAAAUGGUAGAGGAGACCUGGAAACAAGCGCUGCAUCGAAUGUACCGCGAUGGACACACCCAAAGCGUCCCACUAGGAGAUGUAGAGGCCUUCAAGACUGCGGUGAGCAAUCACCUCACUGACCAUCGAACGCCUCGAUAUAAAAUCCAGGUAGUGGUGCACUACAUUCUCAGGCACCUUGACACGGAUGAAAUACGCACGUGGAGCCAAAGCGUUCUUAUGGGGGAGACGACGAAGAUGAUGCUGAUCGAGUCUGAUCAAGACUUGGCUAAAGCCCUCGCUGAUGUGGCGACCUUCACCCAAGAACGUCUUAAAAGCCGCCCACACACCCGAUGGAGGUAUAACGGAGUCUAUGCCUUCACUAUGCGUUUUAUCGACCUCUGUCAGCCCGUAGGUGACAAUGUCAUUCAAAUCCCUAAAUGGAUGCUCGACUGCAAAUCCAUCGUCACCAAAGCCUCGCAUGACCAGAGGUGUUUCUUUGAUGCAAUGGCUCGUUGUUAUACAGUAAAAUCCAACAGUAUCGUAUAUGAUCCUAAAACCAAUGACUACUUCAACAAGCACCGAGAUCAGUGGGAGAAGCGAGCUAAAAAGUUGUUCAACUACCUUUACCCGAAUGACGACAUGGACACCUUUCCAGGAAUCCUGUUACACCACCUUCCCGCCUUAGAAGCCCACUUCCAAUGUCGCAUCCAUGUGAUGGACAUUCAACCCACUCCACAUGUAUUGAAUGGUCGAUACGUCUACGACACCCAGUAUAAAGUCUUUUCGACAGCUAGCUAUACUCAAGAGAUCUUCCUCCACCUGUUAACCCAAUACGACCCUGCUAUCUCCGACUGUCGUUACCAUUUCUCCUAUAUUUGCAAUAUGUCUGUCUUCCAAGUGACGCUACGCUGUCCCAAAUGCGACAGUAUCCUAAAAGGACAAGAUCAUUUCGCGGAACAUGCCAAAAAGUGCCAAGGACAUCGACAAAUCAUCCGCUUUCUAAAAGACGAUGCCAAACAUACCGAUUAUAAUCCAUGGACACAUUCGCUCUUUCACACCCUCGAUCGCUACGGCGUGCAGGUUCCCAAGAAAUUGCGAUAUGCUCCCUUUCACAUGGCAUGGGACUUGGAGACGUACUCACAGAAGCGUCACAUGUCAGGGGCUGGCACAGUGUCCUACCAACAAGGCUUGCUGAGUUGGUCGAUUGCCUCCGACACGGUAGAAGGCACCAUUCAAAACAUUCAAAAAGCCCAUAUGAACGUGGCAGACGUACCUACAGAUAUCCCGCACGACCAAGUCUCCAGCUAUCUCGUCCAGCACAUGGUAAAGCAAUUGGUCGAAUUUCGAACACCUCUAGUGAACGUAUUAUUCGAACGGUAUCUCCCCUACUUGCAAGAAUUGUAUAGUCAAUGGAAGAAAACAUCCCGCCAAGCCCGUGGGCGUUACACGAUGCUAAUACGUCGUUUUUAUCAAUGGAUUGAAGAAAUACCACUUUGGGGAUUUAACUCGGCUAAGUUUGACGUGAAUGUCAUUCGCAAAGACUUGUUGACAGAACUGAACAAGUACCCUACCAACAGCAAAGCCCAUUCCAAAUUCGAACUGGAUUGGCUGCAAUCUCAAGACGAGUCCCUUCGACAGCGUCUUCAAUGGGGAUAUACUGUCCAAGACCCGCAGGAGCCCGACCAUCGCUAUCUCAAAGAGGCCGACUUUUACGACGAUAUAACCCAUACACUAUAUGACAUGCUUGGCUGUGAAUUUCAUGGUUGUGAGCUCUGUGGCAAAAGCCAAGGCAUGAAUCAUUUGAAACGAGACUACGAGGACCUAUUAGAAGAACAACGGGACCGACGAGUCUAUUUUGAAACUCUUGGAUACCACUACAUGGAAGUAAACGAAUGUGCGUUUUAUCAGCUGCAUCCACAACGAGCACCCCACUUGAACAUGAUCAAGACCAACUCGAAAUACCGUGUCAUUAAUACGGGACAAUUCAGUUUCAAGGACAUUGCCAACUUUGUCACCCCAGGCCAAUCUCUAGCCGACUUUUUAAAAGCCUACUCUUCCAAGCCUAACGACCAGAAAUUCCACCUUCCUCAUAAAUACAUUGCCACUCUGACCCUCGAAGAACUACGCUCCAACCUAAAGACCACACCGAUAACUACCAUUGGACGGGAUGGCUACUAUAAUGACCUAAAGUCCCAAGAGAUGGAUGCCUCCACAUUCGACCAAGUCCAUAAACACUGUGCUGCCCAAGCCAUGAUUACCUUAUAUGAGCUGCUGGUUUAUUACAACAACCAAGACGUCAAACCUCUCGUCACCGCCAUUCAUCGGUAUGCCAACCUCUUCCGCACCCGCUUCCAGGUGUGCCUUGCCAAGGACGGCCUCUCCUUAGCCAGCAUCUCCAACAAGAUUGCGUUUUCCCACAUCCCCUCCAAUAUCCAAUUUCACGUGUUUACCAAAUCCCACGAAAAAGUAUGGCAUCAACUCAAGGAGAGUAUGGUAGGAGGGUUGUCCUGUACGUAUAAACACCAAGCCACCGCGCCCUUGGGCAAACAACCCAGAGGCCCAGAACACGUCAUUGUCAGCACGACCAACGAGAUCGUCAAAGUCUUGGGCUACGAUGCCAACUCGCUCUAUCCCUGGGCAUUCUCCCAACCACUACCAACGGGAAAGAUGCACGUCUACGAUUAUACCAGUCAAUACACACUACAGGACCUACCUCGCCUGCUCGCAGACUCGAAUAAAUUCUAUUUCAUGGAAAUCACCGCAGAGACCAAACCUGAAUGCAGAGAGAUGACAUCGGAAUUCCCCGUCUUUAUCAUUACCACCCAAGUCGCCCUGAGUUCCCAAGAACUCGAACGAGUCCAACACCAAUACCUUGCUCGUCAUUCCGUCACCGAAAUCCCACCCACCAUCUUGAAAGCAUGGCAGGACAUCCGCAUCACCAAGACCAUCAACUCGUAUCGCGUACAACACCAACUGCUCGUCGGUCCCUACAUUCAAUUCGUCUUGCCCUACGUUAACGUCACUCACAUUGGCACCGUCCUGGAAUUCGAGUCUCAAGUAGCGUUUGAUACGUUUGUCGACUCCAUGGUAGAACUACGCCGCCAUUCCGAUCAGGCCCAACAACGGCUUCAACAAGGCAACCCACAGGAACAAGACCAUCAUUAUACCCUACUGGGCGACGUGGCCAAACUCUGCUUGAAUACCCCUUACGGAUUUAGUAUUCAAAACAAACAAAAGUACACCACUAGUCAGGUACUCGAUACUUCCACGGAUCAAAUCAAGAUCAGCAAGAUCUUACAAGGGAAUCGAUUCCAUCUAGACGAUCAAGGACGUUACCCCAUUCUCCAGCUCUCUGGAAACGACAUUGAAAUCAAGUACCAACCACGACAGGUCAACGCCGAUCUUCCCAUUCAACUCGGAAUUGCCGUGUACGGUCUAUCCAAGGUCCGAAUGCUGCAAUUCUAUUACGACGUGCUAUACAAGUACUUGAAUCGCUCCCUGUGGCAGCUCUGCUAUACCGACACGGACAGCUACUAUCUUGCGAUCGCCAAACACACCCUCGACGAAUGCGUCAAACCCGAGCUCCAAGACCAAUUCCAAACCCACGUACGACCAAAGUGGUUUGUUCCGAGUAAAGAUCAUCCCGACUAUCUCCGUUUGUCCCGUCAGCCCGGACUCUUCAAAGUCGAGUUUGAGGGCAACCACUUUAUCAGCUUGGCUCCCAAAGUCUAUUCCGCCUGUCAACUAGACAAGCAAGGACACGCCGUUACGACGUCACAGUAUAAAUAUAGUUCUAAAGGAGUCGCUAGGCGCCACUUUAUCAACUCUCAACGCACCAUCGACGAUAUGCAAAUGGCCCUGAAUACCGGAGCUCCUGUGACUCGUCCACAUACAACCUUUCAGGCAAACCGUGAAGGACUCGUUCGUAUCGAUCUCCCACAAAAGAAGGCAUUUCAAUUCGACAAUUCCAAACGAAUGUAUAAGAAUGGUAUCGAUACCGCGCCAUUCGAAUAG